GACGGGAUAUCGCGGCAAAUUUUAACAUGGCGUCGUCAAAAAUUAAAGUGAAGGAUCUUCAAGAUGUUGCCGAUAGAGUGAAUAUGAGUUUACCACUUCAUGUGACUUCAUACGAUGUUGAAAACAACCAGGAGUUCACUAAGUUACUGACUGCACUUUCACAUAAAUUAACAGACACUGGUGUCAGUGUUGAAGUGGAAAAAGAUCUGAAGCGGGCACAAGAUAACCUGAAACAAGAGAAACUUGUAUUUCUACAGUUACAUAUCUUACACUUAGAAUUACAAGAAUUCAUAAUAGACUAUGAGAUAAAUUGUCUGGAUAAUUCUGCCAGUACAAAGACUAAACAGUUUUAUGAGGCAGUUAAGCAUUGUUUAUCAUGUGCUGAAGCUGAAGAUUAUUUGGACUGUAAUCUUUCCUCGACAGAAGACUCAAGUGCAACGUUAUUAGGUUUAACAUCUGAGGACAUUCAGAAGUCAAAUCCUCAUAGAAAGGAUUUACAAUCAAUACAGCAACAAUUAAUUCCCAAGAUAGAAGACCGAUUGCGAAACAAAUGUGAGACAGUGGCUGCGUAUCACCAACCACAGAAAGAUACAGGGGGACUCGUGGUGAAACCAGGUAGCAGCAUAGGGGGACUCGUGAAACCAGGUAGCAGCAUAGGGGGACUCAUGGUGAAACCAGGUAGCAGUAUAGGGGGACUCGUGAAACCAGGUAGCAGCAUAGGGGGACUCGUGGUGAAACCAGGUAGCAGCAUAGGGGGACUCGUGGUGAAACCAGGUAGCAGCAUAGGGGGACCCGUGGUGAAACCAUGUAGCAGUAUAGGGGGACUCGUGGUGAAACCAGGUAGCAGCAUAGGGGGAUUCGUGGGGAACCAGGCAUUAGUAGAAUGGUCUGGUUUAUUGUCCACUGUUGUAAAGCAGCACAGAUUGACAUCCAAGGCACAGGAAGACAUAGGAACCACUGACUGGUUAAGUGAAAGAUGUCGAGCAACAUGUCUCAAAAUAAAGUGCGUGGAAGCUGAUCUUUUGUGUGAAACCUACCCACAGAAGACAGUAGCAGCCCUCAAACAAAUCAAACAUCACUUAAGCCAUGCAUUUCAUCAAUGUGAAAAAGACUUGUGUCGAUUAACCCAAGCCAUUGAAGCAUACGAGUCGCUGGGAAUGGGAUUUGAAAAUCUUGUACAGCAAUAUGGAGAACUGCAGGAAGAAAUAGACAACAAACGUUGGGCAUUGACCGAGCUGAAACAAAGCAUUGAUGAAGAUGAGGAUUGGAGAGUUAAAUAAUUCAAAUGUGGGACAGUAGGGAGCAUAAUAUAUAUAUAUAACAGAUCAGCACUAAAACUGUUCUCUACAUGGCAAAUUAUGAUUACUUUUUGAAUGAACCAUCUUCGUUAUUUUGGAGGUAAUGUUGUACCAACUUGACCCCUCAGUCACACAAAUACUAUGCUUUCAGCAAUGUGGUAAAAGAAAAGGUUUGAUAAUUUAUAUUCUUGCAUGGAUUGUAUAUCUGCUUACCAUUGUGUUACCUGUGUGUAUUGCCACAUACACUGUAUACUCAUAGACAAUUUUACAAAUGAAAUUUACUUUUUCUUCUUUUUUAUUUUAAGAAUAUCAAAUAAUACAUAUAUACAUAUGAAUAUAGUAGCAAUGUAUGUGUACAUUCAAAACCAACAUUGAUACACAAGAAUAUGGGUUCUGCUGAGCAACUGAAAGUGACUAGUAUUGCAAGAUGAAUUUGCACAGCAGCAGCAGCAUGUUUUUUUUUACCAUCACAUUUAUAAUCCUGUAAGUAAGUUUUGGCACAAUUUGUGGGGCAGGGUGCUCGCUCAAUUUCUUUCCAGUUACCAUUGUUGCUAUAGUCUCAUGUAACAUCCAUCAAACAUAAAUGACCUAGGCAAGUGUAUAACCAUUCAAUAAUUAAUUAUUGAAUAUGUACAUGUAUAAUGUAAUUAAACAUUUUAUACAAA